CAAAGUUUUAAAGUUGAAUAUGCAUCGUUCAAUUGUGUUUCCGUACAAAUCAAAACACUGGUUAAAGCAGUAAGAGGACAGCCGCUUAGCUAUAAAAAUCGAUAGCAUUAGUGAGUCCGUACAAAUGAAUUAUACGAUUCCCAUUUGUGUGCGUCUCUCGGCUUCUAGUGAGCGAGAAACAAAAAAAUACAAGUGAAAUUCUUGUAAUAAAAAUCAAUCGGAGCGGAGAGAAGGCGCCGCGCGGGGCGCCGACUGGUCGGGCGCCGAGAGGCCACCCCCUGCCUCCCCUCUUUUGCAUAACUACACCAUCUAUAGUGCAUCUACCCUCAUUAAAAUAAACCUAAUUUCAAUACAAACGUUUACUUCCUGCACAAUCAUAUAAUGUCUGAAUUAUUAUUUUACUGUUAAUAGAGCCUUAGGUUUGUUAGUUUCAUAUCCAUAUACUUGUAUAUAAGCCAGAUCCACCGACCAAAGGGGCCGAGUAAAGCGCGCCGCUCAGCCGGUUCCCGGCAAAAAGGCGUUUGUUUUUAUUUCUUUGGCGCGGAAAAAAAUCAGCACGCGCCCGCCCUGCACCUCCUAAACAUGCGCCACGCAGCGACGCAGACUCGGCCGGGUGUGUGCCGAAUUCACUUUCAUUUGCGACAUCUCAUCGUCUCCCGAAGGUCACGGUGCAGCGGACAUUGUUUCGUGUGAUCUUAGGUGCAUGUGAGACGCGAGCGGGUGCUUGCGGCGGCCUCCGCUGACCGACUAGGAAAUGCCUGGAACGAAUACAUUUCAAGUGAAAUGCGAACCUCUAUCGGAUGAGGAAGAAAGCACCGCACUGUUCACUAAAACUUAUUUUAACGACCACCGGUCGACGCUGGACUACAUUCCAAUAAAGUUAGAAACAAACCCGAGAGUUGAUGAAAAUGCCUCGUCCAAUCUGCUACAUCAUUUACAGCAAUGCGUGCAAGGCUCGCUGGAGGAGCUGGCCCCCGCCCCCGCGGGCCCCGCCGCGACGCCCGUUUGCGAGCACGUGCCCGCGCCGCGCGACGCCUCGCUCGCUACGCUCGAGCCCGCGCACGCACACGACGUGGGAUCCUCGCUCAUAAGUCGCCACAUGGAAAUGAUGAACACGACGGAAGUGGCGGAUUCGGCCGAGUUUGUUCCGCUCAUGUCCAUCAAAGACGAGCCCACGUCUGAAGGAGAGCAACAUCAGUUAAGCAGCGACGACACGAGCGAUUCCAACGGCCCCCCGCAGGAGACGGGCAGUCGCGGGAGCCCGAAGAGCUGGACUCAGCGGGACAUGGACCAGGCUUUGGAAGCGCUUCGGAAACAUCAUAUGAGUCUUACUAAGGCGUCGUCGCGGUUCGGCAUCCCGUCGACGACGCUGUGGCAGCGCGCGCACCGCCUCGGCAUCGACACGCCCAAGAAGGACGGCGCCGCCAAGUCGUGGGGCGCCGCCGACCUGGCGCGCGCGCUGGCCGCGCUCCGCGCCGGCGCGCUCUCCGCCAACAAGGCCAGCAAGGCCUACGGCAUCCCGAGCAGCACGCUGUACAAGAUCGCGCGGCGCGAGGGCAUCCGGCUGGCGGCGCCGUUCAACGCGGCGCCGACGGCGUGGCGGCGCGCCGACCUGUCCCGCGCGCUGGCCGCCAUCCGCUGCGGCGCCGCGUCCGUGCAGCGCGCCGCCGCGCAGUUCGGCAUCCCCACCGGGACGUUAUACGGCCGAUGUAAAAGAGAGGGGAUUGAACUGUCUCGCUCGAAUCCUACGCCAUGGUCCGAAGACGCCAUGGAAGAGGCUUUAGAAGCCGUCAGAGUGGGUCAGAUGUCCAUUAAUCAAGCUGCAAUCCAUUUCAAUCUCCCAUAUUCUUCACUGUACGGUCGCUUCAAGAGGUGCAAAUAUCAACCAGUUCAGGGUCAACCAGCUCAACAGGACCUUCCAAAACCAACUGAAUCCGAGAGCCAACCACAGGAUAUGUACUACCAACAACUAACACAUACUCAUACGGAACCUGAUGCACAGAAUCCUUACAUGAACGAUAUCGAAUCCCAUAGCCUUCAGCCCUUACACUACGGGCAGAUGUACUAUUCGCCGUGUCACGUCACCAGCUGAGAGUACAAUCCCUCUGAAGAGGGACAAUGACAAAUGAUAUCAUGAGACUAUUGACAUUCAAAAAGAAAUCAUUUUAAGAAAUUGUUUAAGCCCAGAAUACCAUCGAUUUUGUUGGUAGUUUUUUUGUAAAGGUACUUUAUACAAAAAAACAAACAAAAUUUUGUAAAUAUAUUGCUAUUUGUACGAAUAAGUAAUAUUUUUCGGUAUUCAUUAUAAUCAGUAUCUACAUAUUAUAAUAAUCGGUAUACAGCCGUGCCAACAAUAGCAUCAUAUACCCUAUUAAAUGCUAUUCUAAAUUAGAAAUUAAAUAUUUAUUUUUAUUCUAAAAUGUCAUUUAACUGUAAGAGUUAUUUGUAAGUGAAUUAACUAUGUUGUGAGAUAAAAACAUUUUCGGCCGAUUUAUUAGUAACCUGUUAGGUAUUUAGGAAAAGCCUUGGCAGCUUGACAGUUUUUGUUUAAAACUUGUCAAAACUAUAAAAUUAUUCGAACGGAUUAAUAAGGUAAAAAUUAUGUCCAAGGCUUAUCUGGAGGUUUAUUUAAAAAAAGUUCGAAAUUAAAAUUUUGUUUUUUUAUAUGAACUUUAGUAUCAUCAUAUUUAUGACAUAAUUUUAAAAUUAAUAACUCAUACAUAACAUUUUACAUAAUAACUACUUUGUAGAAAAUUACCGUUAUAAUGUGAUACGUUGUUAUCAGGGUUAGUGAUUUUUAUAUUGUUUUAAAUAUUUUCGUAUAGCUUGUAAAGUAGUUUUAACGUAGAAUGCUAGAAAAAACUAUACUGCCAUGACUUGUAAUCUAACGAAAAUGUUCUAGUAUUUAUUAUCUGUAUCUUGCAAACUGUCAUAAUUAUUGAUUUUAAAAUUGGAAAAUUCCAAGUACGUUUUCGAUGUACUUAUUGAGGUUUCAAACAAUUUUAAUAUGUAACGAGUACCUUUGUAUUUAUAAUAAUAUAUUUAAGUAAAAUCUUUAAUUUAUCGGUAAGUAACGACGUGAAGUUAGCAAUAAUCUUGAUAUACACAUCUGUCCAUGAACUAUAUACGUAAUGAAUAAUGUGAUAGGAUAUAAUGAGCUAGUUUGUAAGAGUUAUCGUGUACAUUUUAGCAGUAUUUUCACUUUAUGAAUGCUAAAAUUAUUAAAAAGUAAAA